AUGUCUAGUCCUCUAGAAGAUCAACCUAUGGGGCCAAGACGAAGCGCACGCAUACAGCGGCGUCAGGGGUCGACGUCAAAUGGGCAAUCCGACACAAGAGAACAGAUGAGAAGACAAACCAGGGUUGAAUAUCUCGAACGCCUUUAUGAUAGUGAAUCUGGCUCUAGAGACAAGGAACGUCCAAUUCUUACACCAAUCGUCGGAGAACCCGUAUUUCGAGACCCCCGUAAAACACAGAAUGAGACUCAGACCACAGAGCCAACUCAGCCAGAGGAGUCGAAAGCUGUAGAAUUCGAAGAGAUACAAACCACGGCUGAAAGUGACGAGAAGCCGUGGGAGACACUGGUAAUCGGCGCUCCACUGGGCGAUAAUUUGAGCAAGAUUGAGUACAAAGAUCGUGAAAUCUUGCAACAAAAGUUUAUAGUCGAAUGGACGACGCGAUGUGAGCCUGAUAGUACCGAUGCUCAGCAGCAACUCCUCGAAGAGAUGAUUGAAGAGAAGGACUCUAUGGAAGCGGAUCCAAACAGCCACUUGCCUUUUGAUGAGCUUCAGGCGGCAACUGAAGCACCCAAGAGAUUAAAUACACUACGUUACGCGUUACAGGAGCCUGAAUACCAAAAUCAGAGGGAAAACAUCGAGGCCGCCAUAGAAGGAUACGAAUCAGGCCGUAUACAGUGUUCGGAAAACUACACUCUGUUGUACGCCGGCAAGAUUGUCGACACCUGCACUUCAUAUCAGGCUUUCGUGGUUGACAGAAUGGAGAGGCUAGACCGAUACUAUGAAGAACUGGGUGCUGGCUGUCUUUGGUGGGAACCACCACUAACAGGAUCUGAGCGCAGGGCAAUCGCCAAGAAGGGGUUCUGUCUUCAACAGGAGAAAAACCCAAUGACAGGACUUCCCAAAUCGAAUUUCAAUGUUGGCGCCUGGGCGAUAAAUAUGAGAUUCAUUGUCGAUGAGAAGAAAGUGCUCCGAGGGCCGGUAAAAUGGGGAAAGUCAUCAACAUAUAAAAAGUCCCGUCCGUAUGCAGACGAGCUGCGUUCUGCCACUUUCCGCAUGAUGCUGGACACUGGUGCAACUUACCCAAUGCUCACUGACCAUGACUUUAAGCAUCUUGGAAUUCCAGAUUUUACAAAGAACUACGCGCCACAGACGGUACUCGAUCUGGAAACCGCCAAUGGAGAAGUAGCACUCCCGCAUUACGAAUUGGAAGUCGGAAUAGGUGCAAGCCUGAGCAGAAAGACAUGGCAUGAGGCAGCUAGGCCGACAGGUUGGCCACAUGAGGCAGGAAUUCUUGGAUCACUUUAUCCAGUCGGAAUAACCAAGCACAAAAAGUCUAGUGAUCGCUGGACACAGCGCUUGAGUAGCCUUCUUCCGUUCGUGGCUUGCUACGUAUCUUCCGCUCCCAAUACGGGAGAGAUCUGGAUGGGCGAAGACCGUAGAGACGUUGUUGGCGCACGAAGGCUUCCUCCCUUUCAGCGACUCACCACCAAAGGAGCAUGGGGUCACGAACGGCCUCCCGGUUUUGCCAAGUACGAAGACAUCGUCCACCGCCUCGAGGAGCCCGAUGAGGUGAUAUUCGUGCACAAUUUCUGGGACCCUAGUAAAGCAGGUCUACAACGUCAUUUCUUUGAGCACGAAGACAAGGCAACCAACAAGUCAACGUAUGGAUUAAGCGACAUGAUAGGUUCUGUCAAGGCGUACCCGGAGGCUGUCACCUUCGGACCUCUUCCGAGUAAACCAUGA